AUGUGGAAUAUACUCCAUCAUAUUAACAACUAUAGGUGGCAUCAUGCCAGGAAAAGGCUCACUAAUAAGAGUUAUGAUGCGGUGGUUAGAGAUUCAGGGGGCAGCACAACUACAUCGGGUGCUGGUGAAAUGCAAGAAAACCUCGAUGCUACAGUAAAAUUUUCACCUGUUGAAGGGAAUUUGACAGUGUCUGGCUCAGUACACAAAAGCUCAACGAAAUCUAGAAUAAAGGCCUUGAUAACUGAACAGGUUAAAAGAAGGGGUCGACAUCGCCGGAGUUCUUCUGACCCUAUUCGAAAGCAACUGGGACGAUCUGCUUCCAUUCAUCAUCUAGAACUUUCUGAUGUCGACCCACCUGCCAAGAUUGCUUUAGAUGGUGAGAUAGUGGGAAAUCAAGAUAAUGCGCAGUCCUCUAUUGCUGGUUCAUCAGACCCAUUCCUGGAAAAGUUCAGUGAUGAAACAGCUAAAAUGCUUGGCUUGAAUUACCAGAAGCAAACUGAGGAUGAUAAGCAGUGGAAACAACCGGUUGGGGAUCAUAAUCUUCUCCAGGGCAAGUUGACAUCCCAAGAGUUGAAAUUAUUUCUAGAUGCUUUAGAUUCACUUAACAUGAGAGAAGAGUUGUUCAUGAAAAUUUUACAAGAUCCAAAUUGUUCAUUCGCAAAUCAUUUACACGUUAGGUGGAGGUCAAGUUUAAGGUUUGGACUAACCAAAUCUGUGUCAUUUCCCGUGGCUAGUUCAUCAGGGAGAAUAGAUACCAAGACCAAUUUUAUACCAGAAGAAGAAGAUAAUGAAACAUAUGCAAAAGACUUCAACAAGCAUUUGUUGACAUCAAGAGGUGCAUUUAUGGAAGAUGCUAUACCCGAAAAUUUUCAUCCUAGUUCUGCACAUGCCCUCAAGAAACGCCAUGAGAAUAAAGUUGUCAUGAAGCGCUUCAAGAAUCUUAGAAAAAAGCUAAAACAUGCAAUCUGGGAGAGCAAAAAUGAGAAACAACGAAUCGUGAUGGAUGCGGUCCUUCAUAAAGUUCCUUACGGUCGGCGAGUCUCCAAGGAAGCGAAGGAGGAUACUCACAUGCAUAACAGGCCAGUCAUAGACGAAUCUAGUAAAUACAGUCAGGGGAGCGAUCAAUUUGAUUCUGGUGUUGGCAAGAAAGUCCUGCAAGACAUCAAUAACAUAUCAUCUUUUAAUGAAUCAUUAGAUAGAUAUAGUCGAUUACUGGAGACCAGUUUCGGAAGAGAAGAAAAACAUCACAUUUCUGAAAAACCAAGGUUGAGAACAAGAACACCUUCACCUGUUGGGACAAGUUCUACUGCUACUCUGGCUAGGAUUCUCUCACUUCCUGAUCUCAGGUCCUACUCUUAUUUUCCAAGCGACGACUCUCCCGGUGCUAGUUCUUUAAAUGCACUGCUUGAUAAUUCCGCAGGGAACGUAUCGAUAGUAAGUAAUCAGCCUGGUGAAGAAAGGUCUUUAGUUCAAGAUUCGGAGACUAAAAUUCUACCAGACACUGUUUCAGAAAGUGGAAAUCAAGAAUACCUAUCAGAUGUUAUUGAGACAUUUGAUGACAUUGGUAAUUUGGGAACAACGAAGAAAUCAUCUUCCCAUGAUGUCAAUUUUGAGCACAGCUUAAGUUCUUCUCAGGUGGGAAAACUAAAUCCAGUUUUUGAGCACAACUCACACUAUCCAGAGGAUGAAAUUGGCCCCGAUCAUCCCAUGUCAAUAACAAAAGGAUUGAUACUGAAUCAACUGUUUCCUACCAGAGAGGAUUCUUUGGCUAUUCAGCUGCAUGGGCCGAGCUCAUAUUUUUCUAUUGUACACGAGAAUACAGUUGACACUAAUAAUGUGGAAAGCAUAGUCGAGGAGUUCUACAGCAAACUAUUAUAUACUCAGGAGGAUACAAAAAACAAAUCUGAAUUCAAUUACGUAAGAGAUGUACUAGAACUAUCUGGCUUCAGUGGCAAUGAGAUCCUCGGGAAAUGGCAUUCUAUCAAGCAGCCAGUAGACCCUUCAGUGUUCGAGGAAGUUGAAGGGUGUUUGAUUGAUCAACCAGUCUGUUCUGGGAAUGAAGAAGGUGGUGUCUGUAAUCAUCUUCUCUUGUUUGAUUUAAUUAAUGAGGUUCUCUUGGAUAUAUAUGAGAGAUCAUUUUCUUACUGGCAAAAGCCAUUGACUUGCCAGUCUCAUAUCCAUCGAAUGCCCUUUGGUUACCAUGUUCUAGAGGAGGUUUGGGCGGACGUAAGUUGGUACUUGAGCUGGAAACCCGAGGUUUUCCUAACGCUUGAUGAUGCUGUGAGACGGGAUUUAGCAAAAGUGGAUGGUUGGAUGAACCUCCAAUUUGAUGCUGAAUUUGUGGGUCUUGAAAUGGAAGAUCUAAUAUUUGAUGAUCUUCUCGAGGAACUCAUCUUCGACUGA